UUUGUUUUGAAGCUGAUGCUUCACACUUUGCUCAAGCGAACACUUGAACGGAACAUAUCGAAUCUGAAUUCAAACCUGAGUCUGAAUCCCCCCGAGCGAGAGAUGAUCAAGACAUUGGCGAUUCUGGCGCUGUCGCUGUGCCUGGCCAGCGUGGCACUGGCCGUGAAGGUGGGUCAGCAGCAGACAGGGCCCCAGGUGCCCAAGAAGCACCUCGUCUGCUACUACGAUUCGGCGAGCUUCGUUAAGGAAGGUCUCGGCAAGCUGGUGAUCGAUGAGCUGGAGCCGGCGCUCCAGUUUUGCGACUACUUGAUCUAUGGCUAUGCGGGCCUCGAGCGCGACUCGCACAAGGCGGUGAGCCUCAAACAGCAGCUAGACCUCGAUCUGGGCAAGGGGCUGUACCGCACCGUGACGCGCUUGAAGCGCAAGUACCCCAACGUGAAGGUGCUGCUCAGCGUGGGCGGGGACAAGGACAUCGAGACGGACAAGGAUGCCAAGGAGCUGCCCAACAAGUAUCUGGAGCUGCUCGAAAGCUCCACGGGGCGCACUCGCUUCGUGAACACCGUUUUCUCUCUGCUAAAGACCUAUGGCUUUGAUGGCCUCGAUGUGGCCUGGCAGUUCCACAAGAACAAGCCAAAGAAGGUGCACAGCGGUCAUAUUCCCCGAAAAUAUGAUGCUAUGCAAAUGAGAGCCGCUCCCGUUUCGGUUGGGUAAACUGGCAAUUUGCAG